AUGAGUCCACGACAUUCUUCGUUCCGUCGAAGUAGUGAUGAUCAUCGUUCCCCGGAAAAAGGCAAUGACGGCGCCGAAGACGGUCCUCGCAAACGGCAGCGUCAACGAGCCAAGCCUGUCUUUGUGGGUGACAUUCGGGUUCCGUUUGGGGUUGUUGUGGGCUUUAUGAAUUCUGUCAUGCGGAAUCAUAACUUUACUAGGAAGAGUAGUAGGGGUAGAAGGAGAGAGGAUUAUGACGGCGAUGAAGUUCAUGUUGGUGACGCUAUUAUUGGUUUUGAACGGUCCGGAGAAAGCUGUUGGCGUUUGGAACCUGCCACGGAUGCUUUGGCAGACAAGUUGUGUUACCUCAAUCGAAUCCGUUUCAAGAAUACCAUUCUUCGGGUUAAUCUCAGCGGUCGCAGGCAAAAUCCAAGGUUUGGCUGUUGGAAUGAUUAUUAUUAUCAUCGAUAUGGAAAAAAUGAUGACAAGGUAGAUGCAGAAGUACUUGCCCACCUGAAACAUCCUAUGGACGGAAUGCAGCUAUUUGAUAUACUUAAUGAAAAGAUGAACUUUUACAAGCUUUCCAAUGGUGAGGGCAACUCGAUCAAAGGUAUCCGGGGCAUGGUUUCUAUCAAGUCUUUUGUAUUGACGAUGAGAUCUCCAGAAGAAGCAGAGCGGAUCUGCUACCUUUCCGGGAUUCAGGUGGGGAGCACCAGUGUUUUUCUGGAACGACCGUAUGAUUGGAUCGGACCUACACCUCUCUAUCCUAACUACCUCGAAUUUCUGAGAGCGAGAUCGGACGCGGAGGCUACAAAGCGGAAACAAACACAGGCAAAUACCAAAGAAUCGCCACUGAAAGCUAGGGCAAGGACUGCAAGGCCCACUCCUUCAGCUAGUACUGAAACUAUUGAAUUGCUGGAUGACAGUGACGAUGAAGUAGAGAUAGUAGAAGAACAUGAAGAAGCAAAGAAACUCGAAAAAGAGAACCAGCAUCUUCGCAGUGUGUUGAAAGCAUUGACUCAUUCCAAUGCUUCCAAAGGCGAAGAAGUAUCAUCCCUUCAAUCACAACUCGAUCAGCUGCAAGCGCAACUCUUGGAAAAGGAAGCGGAAGCGUCCGCAUUACGACAGUAUGAGUGUACUCUGAAGAGCGACAUUGCCAGUACUGAGGAAAAAGUGGAGGCAAUUCAUGAGAGCUGGCAGGCCCAAGCUAUGCUUCUUGCCGAAAAGCAACAGGAAAUUGAUCUGGUUGGCGGGCAGCUUGCCCAGCUUCAAAAGGAUGCUCAGAAUGUGCGAGAAUCUCUCUUGGACGAACAAAGGGAGCGUGAAGAAUUGGAAGACGUCUUGGCACGCUUUCAACCCCAUGUGGCAAUCAAGAAACAAGAAGAUGAAGAAAUGGGGACGAACGGCCAAAGCGGCAAGGUUACUGUUGCCGCCAGUGAUGAUGCCUUUGAUGUGUAA